CCCCUCCCACGUCAGGCAUUGCGAAUGCGUGCACAUCUACGCAGGUACGCAUCAACAAGGAUCGACGUCAAGAACCCCGUCGUAGAGCUUGAUGGCGACGAGAUGACACGCAUCAUAUGGAAGAAGAUCAGGGAGGAGCUUAUCCUACCAUUCGUCAACCUGGACAUCAAGUACUACGACUUGGGGAUUGAGAACCGGGAUGCCACGGAUGACAAGGUUACGGUGGACAGCGCAGAGGCUAUCCUCAAAUACAACGUUGGCAUCAAGUGCGCAACCAUCACACCGGACGAAGCCCGCGUGAAGGAGUUCAACCUCAAGCAGAUGUGGCGUUCCCCUAACGGCACUAUCCGCAACAUCCUCGGCGGCACUGUUUUCCGCGAGCCCAUAAUCCUCGACAAGAUCCCCAAGCCCAUCCCCGGAUGGACCAAACCCAUCGUCAUCGGCCGCCACGCCUUCGGAGACCAGUACCGCGCGACGGACUUUGUCGCCCCAGGACCGGGGAAGCUGGAGCUGAUAUAUACCCCUACGAAGGGAGAGAAAAGCGUGAUGGAGGUAUACCAGUUCAAGGGCCCAGGCGUGGCUCUCGCCAUGUACAACACGGAUGACUCCAUCAUCGGCUUCGCACAUGCGUCGUUCAAGAUGGCCCUGGCGAAGAAGAUGGUUUUGUUCAUGUGCACCAAGAAUACCAUCUUGAAAAAGUACGACGGGCGAUUCAAAGACAUCUUCGAAGAGAUCUACGAGCGCGAGUACAAGCCCGCAUUCGAGAAGCUCGGGAUAUACUACGAGCACAGGCUGAUCGACGAUAUGGUCGCCCAGGCGGUGAAGAGCAGUGGGGGGUUCGUAUGGGCUUGCAAGAACUAUGACGGGGACGUCCAGAGUGAUAUCCUCGCCCAAGGAUUUGGGUCGUUGGGGAUGAUGACUUCCGAGCUUAUCACCCCUGACGGGAAGACGAUGGAGUCCGAAGCCGCGCACGGUACGGUAACACGACACUACCGGGAGCACCAGAAAGGGCACGAGACGUCCACCAACCCCGUCGCGUCUAUCUUUGCCUGGACGCGUGGACUUGCCCACAGAGGGAAGCUAGAUGACACCCCUGCGCUGAUCAAGUUCGCUCAGGAGCUCGAGACUGCGUGCGUGGACGCGAUCGACAAGGACGGGAUCAUGACCAAGGAUUUGGCACUUGCUAUACAUGGGAAGAACAUGAAGCGCGAGGAUUGGGUCACUACGACGGUGUAUAUGGAUCAUGUGCGCGAUAAGCUCAAGGCGAAGCUUGACCAGGCGUGAGCUUGGGGUUGGAUCUAUUCUCGUCUAGGAGGAGGGGGGGGGGAUACAGGGCCGGGCCCAUGGUGGGUUUUCUUACAUACACUCGUCACGUCCUAUCCUUAUUCUCGCCUUUCCUCACACACUCACACUCACACGUUCUCGGGAUCGGUCGGAUUUCUUGUAGACGAUACGGUACAUACAAACUGCUCAAUGUGUCAUUUCCU